AUGGACAUUACCAAAGAGGUAGAAAGCGCCUUAGAGGAAGAAGGAUAUGUUAAAAUUGACUCUACAUCACCAAGCACAAUGACCACUUCUACGAUAACAUCCCCUGUUUCCCUGGCCGAUAACACAUCGAGUUUAUCAGCUGGAUCUUCGGUAAAUUCUCAGCCUGUAAGUCGAGUAACAAUCCCUGUUCAACAGCAAAUUAGGGCUGAUCUCCCUUCAUCUAAUGCUCCAAAAAACCCAGCUGUGAAAAGCCCGUACGAGACAAAUUUGGGUUCAUCUUCUCCUUUAUCGACGUGGCAACGACAAAAUUCGGGUCAAACGAGCGAGGAUGAUCAAAUCGGUAGUAUGUGGAGCUGGAUGUCUAGUGCUGUUUCAGCUGGAUUACAGACAACGCAAAAUCUGGGCCGAAAUAUCGUUGAGAAGACCAAGGUAAGUUUGUUCAAAAUAUUCUAGAAACAAAACAUAAGCUUAACUUAUUAGUUUAUUUCGAUAUUAAAUCUUUUUUAAACUUAUAAACAUAUGUUUGCUAAUUCAAAAAUUUUACAGUUGUGUAUUAUGCUGAAUACAUUUUGAUGAUUGCCUUUUUUUGUUUUCUUUCUUAGACUUCUGUUGAAAGUGUAAUCACAACACUCGACCCAGAAAUGCAGGAUUAUUUACGUAAGGAUUUGGUUGUUUUCAGCAGUAAUUUUUAAAACUAAUUUUUGAUGGUAUCCCUUAGACAAAGAUAACUUACUUGAGUCACAUGAUCAUGGUGUUCUUGUUAUAGGGACUGAGCAACCCUGGUAUGACCUCGUAGCUUUGGCUGUUGUUGAGGGCCAGGUGCUUGUGGCAUAUCUGAAGUGUCUCGUUGGUCUUUCUUGGAACCAGUUUCACUUUCCUUGCCAGAAUCUUGGCAUCAUUGAUAGUUACUUGAUUUGUGGACAGUGUUGUUGGUGUGUUCUCGAAUGGCUGAGGAGUUUAAAUGUGUGUACAUGUAUGUCAUCUCUGUGCUCACAGAAGUGCAUGCCAAAAAUCCUGGCCGUCUCUGCCACAUACCCCUUCCCAAACAUUGCACAGUUCAAACUGACAGUUUUGGCAGUCUUUAAAACAUUUGUAUAAGGAUUUCUAAUCUGCACACUGUGAGACAACUCAUUUUUCCGUAUGGGUUUUGUACUGUUUGUAGGCUUUAAAACAAAAAAAGGUCCAUCGGGCAAAUGCAACAGCUGUUCGCCUUUACUGCAAUAAUUAUUGAAUCCACCCAAUGAGUCAUACAGUAUUUUGCUUCUGGUCCUCAGAAUUAUAUUUUUAGUUAUGGACGCAAUAAGACUGCAAAGUGAUCAUGUCUCCAUGGAAAACUUUAAUCUUAGUAAAUUCAAUGCUUUGUUUUUAACAGGUGGAAGAGACCAAUCUAUAAACAUAGCUGUUACAACUGAUGAUUCUGAGGCAGUUGAAGCCAUUAAGGACGGAUUCCUACAGGUGUUUGAGCAUGUUGUGAUACAGCCACAUUCAUCUGUGUCGGGCAUUGCUCCCUUACCAGUGGGAUUCUCUGCCGGAGUUAAGGGAGCCCAGCACAGGAUAGCAAACUUAGUACGAGGAAAGAAAAUUCUUGAAGGCCAGGUCAUUAUUGGUUUUGAAGAAAUGGUUUGUGAGCUUCUACCUGGAAAGUAAGUGUGUGUAUAGAGUCUUCUCUCUACUCUGACUGGUUAUAUGGAUUGUGCUAUUAAUCAAGCAUGAGGCCAAGAUGUUAUGUAUUGUUGACAAAGAGUGACGUCAAAAUGGCUGGAUAUUAUUGGUCAAGUUAUUAUUUGUGUCCUUAUGGAACAUGAAUAGAGUUGAGGCUUGUUCCAUAAUGAAUUAAUUGCCUUAUUCUCACUUCUUUUGCGAGUAUUAAAUUUUGCGAAAAAAUCAUGAGCCAUGUUUCAUGAAUAAUUAUUUAAUUUUGCGAUUUAUGGGAAUUUUUAGGGAUUUUUAUAUUUUGCAUGUAUCAUUUUUUACAACUUUUCCCAAAUUGCAAAUACGCAUGAAACGAAGUGAGAAGUAAGGUAUUAUAUGGCCAAAUGCAGGGAAUCCUAAGCAUGCCCACUCGGGAAACUAAUAAGAAAACAAUAUUUGCUUCAUCUUGCCCACAGGUUAAUAUCCAGCCAUCUUAACCUAAAAGCUUAAUCAAUAAAAGACUUACUCCGAUCAUUAUGCAUGUACGUUUCUGGGAAACUGCCCACCUACCCCUCCCCUAAGCCAACAUUAACACUUACUUCUCAUUUAGAGCAAAAUGUUGUCUUAGGGGAGGGGUAGGUGGGCAGUUUUGCAGAAAGGUAUAAUGAGCCAUUUAAAUAUUCUAAGACCAAAAGAACCUUCCUGAGGAUUGGCUCAUCUUGGCCGCUCAGGUAACAGAACGUCGAGGUUUGCCUUAUUUUGCCCACUCUCAUAACCAGUCGUAUGAUAAUUAGCUUAUUAUUGGUUGGGUACCAGACUUCAGAGUGAUACAAGGUACACCUGGUUUUCUACUCUUUUCACUUGUCUUUGUUUUCUUUAUGACUAACUUAAUUAAUUAUGGGUAUAGUUUCUCAUUACUUAUGUUAUGUAAAGAGUUACUCUCUACUUCCUCUUUGCAAUGGUCUCUACUUAAUGAAUUUGUUCUCUUUUGCUAGGUGGUUUGGCUUGACAUGUCUAGCCCUGAGUGAUCCAACUUCAAAGUUAGAAUUUGAAACAUUCUCACAAUCAGUGCAUAUUCCCAAAUUGUACAUUACUAAAGCAGAGGAGAGUACACCAUCAAACUAUAACUUGAGAUGGUCUGGCUUGUCAUAUACUCUUGGUGAAGUCAUUAUAGGUUCUGGACAGGCACAUGGUGAUUGGCAGUCUAAACUCUCGGGUAAGCCAUUUUUUAUCUCUGACUACUAACACAGUCACCAAGGGCCUGUUUGCAUGGAGGUGGGGGACCCCAGGUAGGUGAGGUAAUCUGCUUAGGUGAAGUAACCUGCCUGUCUAUGAUCUCUCAUUUUUGGUCGCGUUUACUUGAUAGGUUGGGUGACCACAUGAGAGAUUAUGUUAUGGACAGGUGGGUUACCUCACCUACCUGGGGUCCCCUACCUCCAUGUAAACAGGCCCUAGGGCUACUACAUAGUCUGAAAAUGUCCCAAAUGAUGGGGGAUUUCACUGUUUUUUCUACGGCAGCUUUAACUAUCCCAUUCUUUGCCAACUGGCCUGUUGGUGGAGAGAACAUAAUCAUGUAAUUCUACUAUUGCCCAUUCUUGAUUUAUAUGACACAUUAGGGCCAUUUAUACGAGGAAAAAUAAGACGCGUCUUACAUAAGGCGCAUCUUAAAUAAGACGCGAACUGUACCAUUUAUACGAGCAUGUCUUAUCUAAUAAGACGCAUCUUAGCUAAGCCGCCUCUUAUUUUAGACGAAAUGUGCUGUUUAUACGGAAAGUUCGCGUCUUAUUUAAGACGCGUCUUAUGUAAGACACGUCUUAUUUUUCCUCGUAUAAAUGGCCCUAUUAUCACCUUCAGAUUUGUGCUCACAUGUGAGCCAGGGUCAUUUUUGUACGAAAACGUGAUAGCCAUCCUCAUUGUACUACGAGUUUUGGCGAGAAUGUUGGGGUGGUGGAAAUGAUUUAUCAAAUGUGAGAAGUUUUAUCUUUUUUCAAUCAGGAGAAGGCUUAACCUUUUGCAAUAAAGAUAACAGUGCUAACUUUUCUGGUGAAUCAAAUAUACAAUGAAGCUUUCUGGGGUGUCUAUUUUAUGAGAAUACCCCAAAAAACCUUCAUUCAAAUCUUGCACUAGUAGUGGUUCUUGUCCUUGAAUCUAAAUCUAAGGUCUCUAUUGUCAAAUGGCACUGUGUUCAUAGUGACAUGACUUAAACAAAGAAAUAUCAGAAAAACAUUAAUUUCCAAAGACCAGCCUGUCACCAUUCAUUGUAGACAGUACAAAAUGUAAAACAAUGUGGUAAAAAUUUACAUGUAAUUUAAGUAGUAAGAAUGUGUAUUUAUGUGGUUAAUGAAGGGAAUUAAAAAAGGUAACAACAACAACAAAAGAAAACAACUGGCAACCAAUAGCAUAGUGCGCAAAUGACAUCAAAGUGGCUAAUUUGCAAUUUUUGUCUGAGUUUUGUCAUUUUUUUAAUUUUAAUGACAAAAGACAGACAAACAUGACAUUUUAAUGACAAAAGUCAGACAAAAGUGAGGAAUUCGCCACUGUUAUUUUCAGUUUGUUUGUCUGAGUUUCGGGUCUAUAUUAAAUAGUAACUGUGCGCAAUGCUAUUAUUCAUAUCGGUUAAUGUUCCAUUAAUUAUCACUGAUCUUGUAAUCAUUGAUUUUUGCUCUUUUCCCUUCAGGUUCCUCCAAACGACAGAUCCUUACUCUAGCUGCAAGAACACUAGCAGGGCAAUUUAGAGACAGAUUAAAAGUUUGUGCUGAUUCUCUCAUGGAAAAUGCAGUGGUUAUGUAA